CUUCGAAUCUCUGCUAAAUUCAAGCAUCCAUCAGUUCAUAUAUAUAGGCCAUGGAUGGAGCUUGUUGCUUUCGACUACAUGUUUGAACUUCAUUUCGCUUAAAUGUGGUGGCUUCAUUGCAUUAGAAUCUUGUUAUCUGUUUUCUCUCUUCUCCCUUUCUGGAUUUGGGUCUUCAUACACUUGUUUGUGAUUUGGUUGUUGCUUUGAGCAUUUCAACUUUACUCUUUUCAUCAUAUAGAUUAUUCCUCUACUUUAUUCUUGAGCAUUUUCUUUUCCUGGAAUGAGCUUGUCAAAGAUCAGUUUUUUUUAAGCUCUACUGGUUUUGAAAAACAGAUUCUGCCUUCUGGAUUUCUCAGCUUUCUCCGCUUGCUUGCCUCAUUGGGAUUGUGGUUAAUCUCGAUCAGCUUUCUAGCUUGGUGAAUCAAUAAUGCUCAAUUAAUACAACUUUUACCUUGGAACAUCAUCAACUUAUAAUUCCCAUUUGGUUUUUCACUCUUUGAGAAUUAAUUUGGAGACAAAAUUGCUGGAAGUCCGAAAUCAUUGUGAUCAGUGAGAAGCAAUCAAAGAAGUGAAAGUAACAUCAUGAAUUCUUUAACAGGAACAAAAAGUUCUUGGGAGCCAAUCAUGACUGCAGAUACAACAGCCUCGAGUUACUGGUUUAACUGGAGGUUUUUGCUUUGUUUUACAUGGGUCACCAUCUCCCUGACUCUUUCAGUACUUCUCAUAUUGAGAUUUGAAGGGCAUCAAAAUUCGAGGCGUAGUAAUAACAGCAGAGAAACCCAGCAAGAAGAAGAAACAAUUGGAACUUUGUAUGAGGAUGAAACUUGGAGACCAUGCCUCAAAGGAAUCCACCCAGCUUGGCUUCUGGCUUUUAGACUUGUUGCUUUCUUUGUGCUUUUGGUUCUGCUCAUCAUCACAGCUUGUGUUGAUGGAGGCACCAUCUUUUAUUUUUAUACACAGUGGACAUUCACAUUGAUUACUAUUUAUUUUGGGCUUGGAUCAUUGCUCUCUAUUCGAGGAUGCUACCAAUACCAUAAGAAAACUGCUGGUGAAAGGGUUGAUAAUGUAGAGCUAGAUGCAGAACAGGGCACCGAAGAGAAAUACAUAGAACCUCAUGUUGAACAACAACAUCAACCGCGCCAUCCUGCAGGCAUUUUGGGUUAUGUCUUCCAAAUAAUUUUCCAGAUGAACGCAGGAGCUGUCAUCCUCACAGACUGUGUCUUUUGGUUUGUAAUUGUUCCAUUUCUUACAAUCAAAGAUUACAACUUGAACUUUCUGAUUAUAAAUAUGCACACAAUCAAUGCUGUUUUCUUGCUCGGUGAAACUGCUUUGAAUUGCUUGCCAUUUCCUUGGUUCAGAAUAGGAUAUUUCUUCGUGUGGACUACCACUUAUGUAGUUUUCCAGUGGAUCUGUCAUGCUUGUGUCAAACUUUGGUGGCCAUAUCCAUUUCUGGACUUGUCGUCUCCGUAUGCUCCAUUAUGGUAUUUGUCUGUUGGUCUACUGCACUUCCCAUGCUAUGGCAUUUUUGCUCUGAUAAUGAAGCUGAAACACCAUCUGUUUUCGACAAAGUGCCCCGACUCUUAUCAAUGCAUGAGGUAACUUGGAGUACAGAGUAGCUGAAGCCCCACAGAAGACGUAUAGUACCAAGAAAAAUAUUGUUCUAACUUGUAGAAGGAGACUAGGAGAGCAUGCACAGAACCACAAGUCACAUUUCAGACUAUAAAUUCAUAUGCCUUUGACAGAUUCAUUGAAGAUUUGAAGAUAUUGUUUGGUAGUUUAGUUUUGGAUGUUCUUCUGUAGUAGUCAUACAAAGAUGUAAGCGUUUUUUCUCUCGACAAAAACAGACUUUUAUUAAUCCAGAUUUUGGAAAUAUCAUA